AAUCAGGCAAUGACAACAAAUACGAUUCCACAGUAUCAUGUUUUGCAGUGAAUGAAAUGUACACAAUCAAGGGAUAAAAGUGAUACGAUUUUAGACUCCAAGUGAUUAAUCAAUUAAAACCAUAAACAUCAAUUAGGAUAGUGUAGUGCAAUUGUUAAUAAUGGAGCGUCUGAUGGCAGUGACAACAUUCCAAAAAGCGAUUGAUUCGCUCAAAACAACGGAAUGCAGUCAAAAGGAGAAACUAGCAUUGUUUACGCAAAUCUCGGAUUGUAUACAAUCGCCAGCCCUACGUGGAAAUGUAAAUUAUUUGAGUUUUAUUAGCAAUGCCGUUUCCAUUUUGUUAAUGUUUUGUGAAGACAUCGACUCGGUUGUUCGUAUGAGUGCUGAAGAAAAUCUAAAUCGAAUCAUUCGAUUUUCAACGCCAUCAAAUGUUAUUCGAAUCCAAUACGAUCUCUUCCAAGAGAUAAAACGCAAUGGCAACGACCGGUCGCUACGGAUUGCUUUAAAUCUCUUUGGCCAUUACGCCCACAUGAUAAAACAGCGUAAAGUGAAACCGUAUGCUCUCAAUCUGCUGCCGUGCAUUCUGUCCAUUUCACAGCGAAAAGAACAACAGCUCAUCGAAACCUUAUCGCAUUUUCUGGAGAAAUUCUGCACAUAUUUUCAAAUCAGUCUCACCGAAAGUGAAGUUUCAAAUUUGAUUGAGUUCUUCCUAAAGGAUGCUAUCAGUUCCGAGUGUGCAGUGAAACGGCGGUGCUCAGCAUCAAAUGUUAUGACACUGAUCGAACAUGCUAGACGACCGGAAGUUAUGUCGAAACAUGCCUUAACACUAUGUCUCGAUAAUCUUGUGAAAGACUUUACAUUGAACAAAAUUGUGGGUGCACUGGGUCUAUUUCGUGUUUUAUUGCCGAAAAUUUUAUCAUUCGAUUCGCUCGAACUAUGUGUCGUUCACAAGUUAAUUGAAAUCUAUGAGAUUUGCUUGCAUUUGCUAGGUGACAGUAACCACACAAUCAUAAAUGCGUCGUUGGAAUGUCUUUGUGUCAUUCUGAAUAAUUUGAAACCGCAAUUGUCGAAUUUGCUCAUUAACGAUAAAUUGAUCCACAUGGAAGUGUUGAGUAAGAAACGUUCGUUGAAAAAUCAAAUUUUUCGUCGGAAACUGUCUGCAUCGUCAUUGGAAAUGUCAAAAAAUCAAUUAGCUUCGCCCGGAAAUCCAUUGAGAUUAAAGAAAUCAGACGUGGAUGUGCUAUCGAGCACGGUGAAGGAGCUGGAUUAUAGUGAAUCAGAUGCAUCGAAUGUUUUGGACUAUGUGACUGCACACAAUGCAUCACUGGAUGACAAGGGCCUACUCACCGGUAGUGACAUAGAGCUAGAUUCUUUGCGUCUGAAUGACUUUGAGCUGUGCCAAAGCAACGAAUCACUUGUACAAUUGUCGGAGACGAAUUCACCGGCCAUCAAGAAAACGGCACAAGAUACCCAUCCGCUGAAGAGUCAAAAGUCGACCGAUUCAAUUGGAUCGUUUUUGAAUACACUGAUGCAUCCGAAUACAGAAUCGGUAACGAAAUUCUUCCGGGUUGGUUCACUUGGCCAACAGUCCGAUACACCAGAUUCAUGUUUGGACGACGAUUUAAAUCAAACCGACACAAAUAUGUCCGAAAUGUCAGACGGUAGCAUGUUGUCAUUGAACUCGUGUGCAUUGGGCACAUUUGAUAUGCUCAACAAAACUGAUGACUCAAUACCCGAAAUUGAAAUACUGAACGAUCAAGAAAUAGCCACAAUUCGACUUGAAGCCGAUGAAGUAAAUCAAGAGAAAAUCGAUGAAGUGGAUCAAACGGUGGACGCUUCUUCGGCUACUCAUUUCGAAACCAUUGACCGUGAAAUACUUAUUGGCAACAUUGCGAAUCAACCGUUAAUCUACUACACGGUACGUUUGAUUGCAUCGAAAUUUCUACUGAUCGGAGUACCGUAUAAGCUAAUUGACGACUGUGAUGUUCGAGUGUCGAUAAAAAACUUGUCUCUGGCUGUAAUUUGUCAUUGCAUCGCAUUAUGUCCACAAACACUGUUGCUUUCACUUCAGUACAGUGGACCGGAUUUAACAUUUGAACAUGACUCUGAUAGUGAAUCGGAAUGCUCAGAUAAGGAGUCACCAUCGAAAACAAAACCAAACAAUGAACCAGCGGAUCAAUUGAAUAUCAAGGAUGACCAUUUCGGAGAGAAUAGCAAAGUGCCAAACACAUAUUUUGACUUCUUCUUUCCGCUUAGUAAAAGUGCCGAUAAUGUGCUUCUAUCGCGACUCAACUCGGAUAACAUUGGCGGAGAAAAUGUAAGACGGACACAGAAGCUAAUCGGUGACCUGUCGGAUUUGCUAUCAAAAUCCGACAUUUUGGAUUCAAAGCCGUCAUACAGAGACUUUGAUGUGACGGCAGACACAAGCUCAAAUUUAAAUGACAAAUCCCUAAGCAACCAAGCACUCAUUCAAUCAAUAACUGAUGGAUCACUGCAAUUCAUUGAAGACGUUCUACUCUAUUGGAACCAUACCGAUCCCGUUCUCAGAGCCAACAUACAAUUAUUGACCGGGAAUUUUCUGUUCAAUGUUCUGAACGAAUGUGAUUCGAUCGCCAAUUUUAUAGAGCGGCUUGAAAUCGCUUCCACAUAUCGAUUUUUGAAUUUCAACGUUUUGUUUCACAUUAUAAUCAAGGGCCUUUCUGAUGAAAUUCAUACCGUUGUCAAACAAUCGCUGGUUUCAUUAGAGAAAAUACUAUCAACUUUAUUGGAUCAUCGAUCGUCUUGGUUUUAUGAAGGUGACCAUUGCUUGCAGCCUAUUGUCACUUGCACCGAAGAUCUUCCGAUCGGAUACAGUAGGGUCACAUCAGCUAUUUCACUUUUGGAAGAAAUUCUCGAUAAACUUCCGCUUGUCUUUGAAAAUAAAUACUGGGUUAUUCAAAAUAAGUGUUGUCACUUUGUGGCAACCAUUAACUACGAUGCUCUUGGAGACAUCUUCGGACAAGUCAAGGGUCAGGUGUAUAAGAAUCGAUUUGUAUCACACAUGUAUGCAAUGCUAGGAGAUUCUGAUGCACGCAUUCGCAAUGAGGCAGCUGCUGCCAUCUUUGAGUUUAACACAUUACAAUCGAUGCGAAAAAGCAAUAUAGCACACAAAUAUUCGGAAAAUUAUCUAACAAUUGAAUUCGUUGCUGAUACACUUUGGGACGAAGUACCAAUUUCAUUGGACAAUCCUUAUGGUAUUUUGGCUGGAUUUCAACCAAGACUGUGUGGUGAAGGAACUGACAGCCGGCGAGUGAAAAGGGUUUUAGGGAAACACUUGUUUGAUUUGACCAACAUGUUAUUCGAUUUGAAAUCAAGCGAACAAUUGCUUGGCGCAACGAAAUGCUUACUCAACACCAUCAAUUCGUUUAGUCCCAUUCAAUUUGUGGACGCUUGGUCGGAAUACAAUAUUUUGGAUGUUUGUGUGGAGCUUCUUAUUUCAAAUUAUACAACCGGAACAGAUUUAUCAUGUCAAUAUGAUUUGCUUACCAUUUCGGCUAAUUUGCUAGCAGCUAUGGCGUUGAAAAAGCGGCCUGACCCGAAUAAUCAGAGAAAACUAGUUACUUCCGCCUUGCUGGGUCAUGUCAUGAAACUGUUGAGCAUUUAUCAUAAUGUUUUGAUCAACAAGCGGCCAGUUUUCAUUCCAAAAGGACAAAAGGCUGAUCUAUUCGUAAAUAGUAGAGAGCUGCAAUUGCUUAACAGCUAUGGAUACUUUGGCAACGAUUAUUUUUACUUGAAAAUUUACAAAAUUUUGCGAAUUAUUCACGAAAAUUACAAGAUCACAAUAAACGAAGAAAUCGAUUUGAAACUAUUUUCGCUGCUGAGAGUAUGUCUUCGGACGAUGGCAUUGCUGAUUGAAAUCAUGGAACCACUUCCGAGUGCCGAAUCAACAAUAUUUUUUGAUGAAAUUUUAGUUUACAUUAAAACGUUUCUCAUUUACGAACCGAAAUUGUCAGUGGUGUGCAUAAAGCAUUUGAUUCGGAACAUGUUUUUGAUAAACUACCCAAAUUGGAAAAUGGAUGAGAAUCUGUUUGAUUUUGAUCGAGUGCAAAACAUGACACCGCUAAAAGUAUUCGAAUACCUGGAUAAGAUCCGAUGCCAAUCUCCAGUGCCACAAAAAAUCAGUGUUGAAACAACACCCAUUCACACUGGAUCCAAGCUGAUCAAUUUUCUGGCGUCAACAUCGACACCAGAAAAAAACAAAGCCAAUCCCGAACAUCGAAAUAUUAAACUAUUUGAGCCGAUUGUGAUACAAUGCUUGAAGCUAUUUACAAAGUCUGAUUCAGAGAUGCAAUCGUAUGUUUUAGAUAUGUUAUGCCAAGUGCUGCAGUUAAAAGUUAAUUAUUGUCUCUUGGAUGCAAACAAUAUUUUUAUGGAAUUUAUUCUAAAAUUGAUUGAGUCAAUUGAGACGGGAAUUAUUAGGAAUAGCCACAUUCUAACGCCGAAAAUUGUCAAGUUUCUCUUUUAUCUGGCGAAACAAAAGGAAAAACCUCAAAUGUCAAUUCCGAAGAUUAUCAACAUCACCGAUAAUUUGCUGGCAAAUAGCAUUACGAAAAAUGGUUCUGUUGAAGCGCUAUAUCAACUGGCAUAUGAAAUUUACUUCCCACGUCACAUUGACAAUGGGCCAAUUGAGAACAGUCAACAAAAUUCGAAGGAGUUAAAUACACAGAAGGAAGUUGUAUUCAGUAUGUUGUUGAAAUUCAUCGAUUCUUUGAAGGUGAAAAAAAUGAUUUGCAUGAUUUUAAUGAAAGAAACGAACGUUUCAAAGGAAAUUCAUGUCGAGCUGGCUGAAUGUUUACUGCACACGUUAAGUGAUUUAAAGCCACUUGUGACAACAUUGGAUGAUUAUCAUUUAAUUGGUCGAAUGUGCGAUCAAAUUCGUCCACACUUGAUUGAUGAUAAAGUAAAUAUGCGUCGGCUUGUCUCUCGACUUCAAAAACGAAGCGACUUGAUAUUCGAUGAUGUGGCAGUGAAAACGAUCAUUUUGGAGAGCAUCUCUAACGUUUCCGAUGAAAAUCUGGUUUUGGAAUGUGUUUCAACUAUAACUGAAGGAACUACUGUUGACAAUUUGACGGAAAGUAUUCAAAGUGAUUUGAUUUCGUGUAUUAACUACACCGGACUCGAAUACAAUCUCCUCUUCGACGGUGAUCCAGCAAAAAUGAUGGAAUAUUUGCAAAUAUUCGGAAUAUAUUUGAAUGCAGCCACACAAGUCUUGUUGAAUUUCCAAAAAUUUGCAACGAAUUUUAGAAACCACUUCGAAGCAAAUUCAAAAUUUAUCGAAACGGUGCUGGAUUUUCUGAAGAAUUUGUCAAAUAUAACCAUUUCCCAGAACACGGCAAUGCGAACGAAUUGGUGCAUCAUUAAAACAGACCUUACACACAAGUUGUUCUCUUUUACCUUCGACCUGUAUAAAACAUCAUUCGUGGUGGAUGUAAUGAAAAAGGCCCAAGAAAAUGAUAAAAGAGUUAAAACAUUGUAUGAUCGAUGUGGCACAUUGAAAUUGAUAGAAUUGCUUGCUUCAAAACGACUCGACAAUGCCAGCACUGAAUUUCUCCUGAGCCACUAUUUCGUGGAAUUUCUGUUCAUUAGUCGGGAAUUUUUAACGACUGUAGCUAAAAAUGAAGAAUUUGUGGAGUUCGUAUUAAACAAAUUGUGCAGUUUACUUCAAAUGGAUACAUCGCAAACGGAUCCUCUUUUCCUAUUCCUUGAUGUGAUUGAGACCACGAAUAAGAAGAGCACAUUAUCCAUUGUCAAAAUUCUAUUGGAAACACCGACCAUUUACCAACGAGAAUCGUCGAUAUCACGGCGUUCGUUUUCAAUUUUGAAAGAAAAACUCGGAGAGCUCGACGGUACGGCUGGGUCACAAACAGAACUGGUAGCUUCUCUCAGCAGAUUCAAAUCGAACUUCCAACACCAUGAAAUGUUUGGUUUCGUUGCAAAACCAAUUGAAGAUAUUAUUGCGGAAAAUCUAGAGAAAGUGCCGGCAUUAACUGAAAUUAGUGCCAAUAUUUUGAUAAAUGAAGACUGGUUCCAUGCAAAGGCUGUCGAUGUGAUCAAAUCGAAUAUAAACAAGCGUCGAAUUUAUCAAAUUCUAUCGGAGGUGAAAUUGGAGCAAAAGUUGAACAAAAUAUUUGAAGAAGCACAUGAUGGUUUCGAUUUAAACCUACUCCCAACAGUCAUCCAGUGCUCGUUUGAAACAAUGAUGGCAAAGUUCAAGCAUGACUGUUUCCAACACAAUGCACACAUGAACUACCUAAAACCGUUGCCGGUUUUGAAACAGUCACUAAACAUAUUGUCCACUAAAAUGGACGCCAUCUUCGUGAAACACGAACAAAACAGUGAAAAUCCUGAUAAUGCCAAUCAAAGUGUUACUUCCACUCAUGAAACCAAUGAGCUGAAACAAAUAAUGUUAUCCGUUUCUGUGCUGCUUGAAUGUAUAAUCGAACUGCAGCAUCAAUGCAUGAUUUACGUGGAAGUAUCGUUCAUUAAUCGAUUUUUCACGGAGCAGAUAUUUCGUGUGUUGGGUCUACAACGACUCGUGCAAUUUACAUGGAUUUGCUUGAAUGUCAUCGAAAGUGAUGCUAGCGUGGAAUAUUUAACGGUUGCUUGUGCAUGUCUCACCCAUAUAUUGAGAACGCAAGCCAUUUUCAACGAAUCAAAUAACUUCUUUAUCACCGAUGAGAGCCACACAUUCUUCAAUCGGCUUCUUGUCGCUUUGUACGAAAUCGUCCGAAAAAAUCUAGCGAACAAAUCAAUGCUGGAGAAGUGUCAAUUGAAAGCGAUAUUCAGCGAACAAAAUCACACCGAUAAAAUUGAUACGGCUGUAGAGCUAUCUUAUGCCAAGGCCGUAUUUUUGGGUAUAUUUGUUGAAUCAUGCUACAACAAGAGUGAUUCGGCAGAGACAAAAAUAACACCAGAUUCAAACCAUUUGAAUUCCUUCAGAGAAACCGUUUUAUCACUGAUCAUUUCUACACUACGCAGUGAUUCGUUUUAUUUCUUUGCCAUAACUCCGCGAGAAAUCAUCAAUUCGUUUGAGUGGCAAAAUAAAUCGCCAAAUAAAAUCAUUACAUUUCAAUCCGUUCCGAUUGACUGCUUGAAUGAAAUUGAAAUUGUGGAGAAAUUUCUGAGGAGGAUAAACAUUUUCGGUUUUCCAUCGCGUCAUCAUUUUGAAGAAUUCUUCAUGUCGCUGCUUCUAUUGAUAAAUAAAGAGAACGAUGAAAACGUCGUUGACGCACAAGAAGAAUAUCAAAUCAAGAGCUUGUGUCUAUCGGCUUUGCUCGAAUUGUUACUCUCAUGUAAAAUGUAUCCCAACAUCGGAGAUCGGCAGAAUGGCAUGUUCCAUCAUGUUCCUCGAUUGCAACGCCUCAUAGCUGAUUCGAUUAGUGUCCGAAAAUUGCAUGGAAUUCAAAAUGAACUAAUGAAUUCACCAUCCGUAUUUUAUAUACCGAAUUUGGAGCGAUGCAAUCAGCAAACGAAUAAUAUAAUUGGAACGAAGGAAUUCCUUUCGCAUCAAUACGAACUGAAUGUGAUAUGGCAUAUAAUUGAGGGUCAAGCAUCCGUAUCGAGGAGCAUUAAUGUGGAGCUGAAAAAUAUGAAACAUUUCCUGGAAGCAUCAGCCAUCGACUAUAACAGCAGCAUACAAUUGACAUUCGAUGUUCUCACACAACUUCUUGAGGUGAAUAGUGUCCAAAUUCUGCCACAUGUCCUGAAAUUUUCGGAGCUUUGUGAAAAUCGCGAUCAAUUCCACUGGAUCCAAAACACAAUGAACAAGUUAUACGAAUCGAUACCAAAAGAAAAUGCUGUUGCCCAUGAGAAAAUCAUCUAUUGCUUAUGUAAAUCGUACGCUGUUUUGAUUCCAUCGGUACAUGAUGUGAAUCAUUUGUGUGUCGUUCUGGGCAACUAUUUGAAAAGUUCACAUCUAUUUGUUCGUGUAGCUGCGCUGAAAGGAUUACUAUUAUUGUUCGAGUCUUGUAUUAAGAGCAAUACCACAAUUGGCAGCUUGGGUGAAGAGAUUUUGCUACUGCGAACGUUUAUCAUCAAUUACAUCACGCGUCAUGGAAUCAUCGAGGAAAGCUCACUCUCCUUUAGCAAUGAGCACACUGUACUCGUUUGGACGCUCAAUUUUUACGUAAUCGAAUCAACAUCAAAAUUCGUCCCUGAUUGUGAUAUGAUGACCAACACAAUUAUAUCAGCUAAUAAUGUUCUGAAAAGAACGACCAGCUUCACACUAUUCUCAUGCAUCAUUUAUGGCUUGGAACGAGUGAUAAUCUCCAACACAAUCACGAGGUAUUACCACGAGAAAAUUGAGAGACUAGCACUUGAAUUGGUUAAAUUGGAGAAUGAACAAUUUUCAUUGUUGGCAUUAAAAUUGCUUGUGACUUGUAUGUACAUAGGAUCCAAUGAGCAGCUUGAAAACACAGAGCGAUGCAAUGGGAUUGUACAAGAUGAACCGGAAGUAAUCAUGCAGACAACGGAGAAAAUAGAAAUUCUCUUUCAACGUAUCAAAUUGGCCACACGACCCGCUGCCCAUAUUUACGGGAAUGUGUUAUGCCAACUGACUCAUGAUUUGGUACCGCCAAAAGAGCUCCUAACGAAAGUGAUCAAGGAAUUCUUAACUGUGAGUCAGCCACAUUGCGAAGUCAUUGCAAGAGUUCUAUUUCAAGUAUUCCGAUCCGCAAUUGAUUCGGCCUACUUGCCACUGUUACAAGAUUGGCUAUUGUGCUCGUUACCCAAUUUCGUGUCAUUUCCCACACAAAAAAUUAUGUGGUACCUGAUCAUAAUUUUCAUAUCGGCAUCAAUUAAUUUGAGUUUAAUCAAAAUAUUCCCACAAGUACUGGCUGAUUACGAUGCGAUUUUCAAUAGUUUGACCCGUGAUAAAUUGGACAAAAGGCCAGCUACAUCAUCACCAGCACUCGAACCGCUUCCAUUUCAACAUAAGGACGUUGCCAAUGAAUGCGUAGCAAUACGGCAACGUGCACUUUUUAAACUAGCCUGUAAAGAUUUUUAUGAUCGACUCAGUAGCGAACAGAAACAUUCUUUCCGUGAUAUAUUUUCAAAUUUACAAGAUCCAGAGAUCUACGAGAUGUUGAAAGAUUUAUAAAUUUUAUAUACCAUUGUAAUGUGUAAUUGCGCAAUAAAAUGCAAAUUAAUUAAAAAAAAAAAAAAAA